UCCCGUCGCUGGUGCCCUGACUAGGGUUUAGAAUCGAUCUCUCGUCUCCCCCCCUCCCCCUUCUUCCUUGUUCUGAUUGAUCUCUCCCUUGGUCCAGUUUCCUUAUUUUGGUUCGUUUGUUUUUUUGUUUUCUCUGUUUGUUUUGCGUGUGGAUCUUAGCCAUGAUGCAACAGCCACCACCGAUGUCAUCGGAUCAGCAGAGCCAGCAGUACCAGCAGCAGCAGCAGCAGCAGCAACAGUGGAUGAUGAUGCAGCAGUCUCAGCAGCAGCCGGUCCCUCCGGCAGGUUGGGCCCCCCAGGCCGUGCCGCCGCAGCUGGCGCAGGCUCAGGCCCAACAGUAUCCGGCCGCGCAGAACUCCGGUUCCGAAGAGAUCCGGUCUCUAUGGAUCGGGGACUUGCUGCCCUGGAUGGAGGAAAAUUAUCUCCUCACGUGUUUUACUCACACCGGAGAGGUUGUAUCAGCCAAGGUUAUUCGCAAUAAGCAAACGGGAGUAUCUGACGGUUACGGUUUCAUUGAAUUUGUUAGCCAUGCUGCGGCAGACAGGGUUUUGCAAACAUACAAUGGCACAUUAAUGCCGAGUACCGAGCAGAAUUUCCGGCUGAACUGGGCCACUCUUGGCGCUGGUGAGAGGCGACAAGAAGAUGGUCCUGACCAUACAGUUUUUGUGGGUGAUUUGGCGGCUGAUGUUACUGAUUACUUGCUUCAAGAGACCUUCAAAGCUGUAUACAAAUCAGUGAAAGGUGCAAAAGUGGUCACUGAUAGGACCACUGGACGUUCAAAGGGUUAUGGGUUUGUCAGGUUUGGUGAUGAGAGUGAGCAGUUGCGAUCAAUGACUGAAAUGAAUGGCCAGUAUUGUUCUACAAGGCCCAUGCGCAUUGGUCCAGCCUCUACAAAAAAACCUGUUGGUGGACAGCAAUAUCAGAAACCUACUUACCAGAAUACUCAAGGAAACCAGGGGGAGAAUGAUCGAAAUAAUACAACUAUAUUUGUCGGGGGUUUGGAUUCAAGUGUCACAGAUGACUUGUUGAGGCAAGUGUUUGGCCAGUUUGGGGAGUUAGUUCAUGUCAAAAUACCAAUGGGCAAGCGUUGUGGAUUUGUUCAAUUUGCGAGCAGAGCUAGUGCAGAGCAGGCACUAUCACUAAUGAAUGGGACUCAGUUAGGAGGACAAAGUAUUAGACUGUCAUGGGGGCGUAGUCCGUCAAACAAGCAGACACAGCCAGAUCAGACACAGUGGAAUGGUGCAUAUUAUGGGUACCCACAAGGAUACGAUGCAUAUACAUACGCACCCCCUGCCCAGGACCCUAACAUGUAUUAUGGAGGCUAUCCUGGAUAUGGAAAUUACCAGCAGCCUGGUGCUUACCAACAGCCACAGCAGUGAUCUUUACCCACUUCAAGUCUGAAGGCCGGCCUCACUGUGUUCCCAGUGCAAUUUAGGUUGGAUUUUUGGUCAUUGGCUGUAAGAAGGAUGGUGUGAUAUCAAUUUGUUUUAGUUUUAACUUUUCUUUUUUCUUUUUAUUAUUAUUAUAUUUUUUUUCCCGUUGUGACGAAGAGUAAUAUGAAGGCACUAGUAUGGUGAUGCUGGUGUAACUUUUGUGAUAGUGUUGGACAAUAUGGAUUUGCCAAUAUUUGGUAAUGGUGUUGUUGUAUGGAAGGUACUAUAUGUCUACAUAUUGAUGUUGCGUGACGUUGAUGCUUUUUAAUACCCC